UUUCAUUUAUAUAUAAACUUAGUAUUGUCGGUACUACGUAAAGGAAACGUUUAUUUUCUAACAGACAAUUUGAAUAUUUCCACUUAUUUCACAGUACGUUUGUAAAUUAUUCUAGUAAAUUAAAUUACGUUUAGAGAAAGCAGCACUUGAAUUGCAUCUGCACUUUGGCCGAUACACUUCCUUAACCGAACUACGACAUGAGCCUUUUGGAGUCUAUCCGAGCCAAAAAAGAAGGAUUAAAAUUGACGGAAACCUUAAUCACACACGUCGAUGGUAGGAGAUUCAAGGAAACCAAAGAUUCCACCACGGAAGUUGUUAAAAGUCGAUACGGAUACGUAGUAGAUACUAAACCGGACGAUGUCCCAGCGGAAGUACUUCCGUUCUUAUAUCUGGGCUCGCAGGAUUGCUGCGACGAAUGCGUGCUGAGGAAAUAUGACUUAACGUGUGUUCUGAGCGUGGGCAUAGAGGCUCCUGUGAGAUAUUCAGGAAUAACGUAUAAAUACAUCACUUGUUUGGAUUUACCAGAGACUGACUUGGAGAGUACUUUAAAGGAGUGUAUCCCGUUCGUGCAACAGGCAAAGUGUCAGAACAGAAACGUCCUAGUGCAUUGCAAUGCAGGUGUAAGCCGGUCUGCGUCGGUUAUUAUAGGUUACUUAAUUUUAGUUGAGGGUUAUUCUUAUGUAGAAGCUUACGAUAUUGUAAAAACCGCUAGAAAUUGUAUUAAGCCCAACACUGGUUUUGAGAAGCAGUUACGAUGUUUAAGUAGCAGUAAAAUAUUUUUUUAAGUGAGUUUUUUAAAACUUGUAUACAUAUUAUUUUCAAGGUAGUUAACUUUUGUUUGUAUGAUUUUUUGGUGUUGCUGAUUACUGUGUAAUAUUAAGGAUUUUGGGUAAAUAUAUUUUUGUGUAUUUACUUCAAUAAAAUUUUAUAUUUA